AUGAAUAUCCGAUGGACAAAGGCUUCAAAGGCUAUGGUGGUUGAUGUACGAAGCUGCCCCACGUAUCCAAAGUCGCCAUUAGAGCCUUCCAUUUCGAGCUCCCGAGCUACUUACGAAACGGACUGGGAGAAAAUUAGAGAAACUUGAAAGCAGAAAAUGCCAGUGGCACCUUCUAUUUCUCGUUUCCAUUCACCAUUUCUAUGCUGUCCUUUUAAAUUAUCGUCUUUUUCUGCUUCCUCUGUGCACUUCGUAAAGUCUGCAAGAAAUCAACGGUUUCCAGCAUCUUAUCCAUGCAUCAGAGCUGUUGAGCUUGAUCAAAACACGAUAGUAGCAAUAACUGUUGGAGUUGUGAGCGUUGCAAUUGGAAUAGGCAUUCCAGUAUUCUACGAAACUCAAAUUGAUAAUGCUGCAAAGCGAGAAAAUACUCAGCCCUGCUUCCCCUGCAAUGGCUCCGGUGCUCAGAAAUGCAGAUUUUGCUUAGGAACAGGUUCAGUGACAGUAGAACUUGGUGGGGAUGAGAAAGAAGUCUCUCGGUGCAUCAAUUGUGAUGGUGUUGGUUCUUUGACAUGCACAACAUGUCAAGGCUCCGGAAUACAACCCCGGUAUCUUGACCGCAGUAAUAUCAACGUGAGAGAACGAGUGGGAGAGUUGCAAUUUGAACUGCAUUGUUAACUGAAGUGUGUAUCUUAUUGCAAACAGAGAAUUCAAGGAUGAUGAUUGAAGCCUUUCAGAAAGCACGAGCAAUGUUCUUGUACUCAAAUCAAAUGGCCAAUCAACUGUAUAGCGGGAACGAGAAGAGAUCAACAAUUUUUUGGUCAAUAUCUUUUUCUAAUGUACCGUUUGAUUAGUAUUUUUCUUAUCUCUCUUGUUGCAUGAUCACUUGAAAUGAUCGACUGAUGGUAUUUCACAUUUCAUUUUUUUCUUCUCUUUUUUUUAUUUUUCACCGGCUAAGAAAUUGUAUUUGAAUUGUGCCUUAACAUAAUUAUGUAAAUUUGUUUUUGUUAUGUUACUAGUUCUACUUAAA